AUUUUGUUCUUUAUUCUUUCUUUCCGGUCUCUUUCUUUUGUUUUCUUUUCUUUUUUUCUUUUUUUUUAUUAUCACAUAGAUAUACAUCAUUUUCGCCUAUAAACAAAUAUUACGCUUAUGCUAGAAUCUUCUCUUGACCUUCCUAGCAGUACAUUAGGAGAUCAACCUGAGAACUGGAGGGACGCAUUCCUUGAUGAUUCACAGAAUAUUAUUAUUUCUUUUCCUCAGGACGCCAUCGAAGAAAACAAUGAUCAUUUUGAAAAUACACCACCAAUUUUCGAUACUGCUUUAUUGGAUGAAAAAGUCGAUUAUUCAAGUGAAAUGGACUGGGUGACUGAAAAACCACAAACCAUAUAUCAAGUGGAAGCUUGGGAACAUAAUAGUCUUUACGCGACAAACUCAAUAAUGACACCACAAGAAAAACUUCAAAUGUAUAGCAAUAGUAGUCGGAUACAGCAUAGGAUACAAGUAGCAAGGGAAAUAUUGCCCACUCUGGAGUCUCUCACUGAUAUAGAAGAAGCUAUUCAAUACGUUUUACCAAUCAUUGACAAGGUAGCAACUGAUACUGAUCCUGAUGUUCGAGAAAUUAUUGCAAGCAAUAUAGACAGAAUCAUAUUGUAUUUUUAUAAAUAUUCUCCACCAAAAACAAACUCAUCAUCACCAUUGGAUACAUCGAUAAGCCCUGCCAUACAACCACAACACUUUUGUUUUCUACUUACCGAAUUGUUAUUGGAUCAAAACACAAUAAUAUCCUCACUCGGUCAACAAGGUAUUGUGAAUGUGACAAAAGCACUGGUUUCAAAUGCUUUGGAUGGUGAUAAUGAAGAACAAUGGUUGGCACUAUUGGAUCAAGAAAUUGUACAAGGCGUCCUUAUUGAACUCUAUGCGAUUGCGGAAGGACGAAAAUGGCGAAAUGUACACAAACGAACAUUUACUUUGAUAAAUAAUCUGACAAAUUCUGAACGCUAUAUUGAUCAUGGUGAAUUACAACUAUCAAAAAUGGCAUGUCUCUCGUUGAUAUCUGCGCUGGCGCAGUUCCUUGGAUAUGAUCAUUGUACGAGUCUAUGUUUAUCUAUUAUCGAAAGCUUGACACAAGAUGGUUUAUUUUAUGUACGGAAGGAAGCUAUUCAUGCUAUUGGAAACAUUGCUCAUUAUGUGGAUCCAACUGUGGUGAUCAAUCGUCUAGUACCACUAUAUCAGAUUCUUGCUGGUGACAAUACUUGGCACGUUCGAAAUUCUUGUAUAUUGGCAUUACCAACGUUAUGUGAAGUUCUCCCUCAUGAAGAAAAAUCCCAAUUGGUUGUAAAUAGUGUCAGUAUAUUUAUGAACGAUCCAUCACAUACUGUACGCUUCACUUUGGCUGAAAUGAUUGGUGAAGUUAUAUCAAAGUUUCUUCCAUAUGAUUGGGAAACCACCGGAAAACCUGGGAAUGUACCUGAAAUGGUUAUCUACUUUUUUUUAUCACUUGGCGAAAACACACAUCAUCAACCCACUCAAGAUCCUAUUGAAAAUAAUUGUACUUUAGUAUGCGCUCAUAACUUUCCUGCCGUGUUACUGACUGCUGGUGCUAUCUAUUGGGAAUCUCAUUUCAAAGGAAAAUAUAUGCGUUUGGCGAAAGAUCAUCAAGUGAAAACAAGAUCAAGUUUUGCUCAUUCUCUUCAUGCGAUAGCAAAAAUCAUUGGACCUGAGCGGACAGAUCGUGAUUUGGUACGUAUUUUUGCUUUAUAUCUGAUGGAUGUCGAUGAAGUGAAAUCGGGUAUUAUGGAACACUUGGCAGCAUUUUUGGAAGCAUUGUCAACAAAGUGUCGGUGUGAAUAUCUACCUGUCUUGAUGGAAAUCUGGGAAGGGGUGGCUAUUAAUCGAUAUCUUCGAGAAACUUUGGUGUCUCAAUUGAUAUUCAUAAUCCCACUAUGUACUUUGGAUCAAGUCAUUGAACAUGUUCUACCAUUGGUGAUACGCGCUUGUCAAGAUGAAAUAGCAAUCAUUAGGGAUACUGCUGUCAACACAUUUCCAGCAAUACUUGAACUAUUGAAACAGAACUCUCAUGGCUUUUCCAUUCCUGUGAAUCAACUUGUCAAUAGUCUCUCCAUACUAUCAGAAUCAUCAGGUUACCGCCAGCGGCUAUUAUUUGCCAAUAUUGGUCAUAUCUUACUUUCUAAUGGAUUGUCCUUCGAAGCCUUUACAACCUAUCUUUUGGAUCUGUUACUUCCUCUUGCAAAUGAUAGUGUAAUCAAUGUUCGUAUUGCUACCUCUCGUUGUCUUUCAACUUUGUUUGGAAAAGUGAGGCUGUCAUGUAUAGGUUUGCAACAAAAAUCUAUUCUCUCCAAUCAAAAGCUUUUGAACGCGAUUCAAUACUUAGAAGCAGAUAUCGAUAUGGAUAUUAGGCAUUAUAUGGAUAAAGUGAACGCCGUCAUGAAAUCAAUAUCAGCUACCACAAAAAGUUCAUCAUCCAUAGUUUAUCAACAACAGCAACAACAAGUGGAAGACCUUUUGACAGAAUUACCAUCACCACCCUGCUCUCCGAACAAAAAGUCACUCUCUGUUAUUCCUAUAGUGUAAUCUUGUAGUUAUUUUUUUUUUUUUGUUAUCCCUAUUUUAUUAUAUAUACAUUGUGUAAAAUAAAACAAUAUUGUCUGCCCUAUAUUCAAAGAUAGAGACUUUAUGAUUGACCUGUUCUCUAUGAUACUUUUUUUUUCAUGAU